GUUAAUGCUCUGUUUGCACAAAGAAAUGGGAGGAGAGCGAAACUCUGACCUCAGUGUAGAAAGUGAAAGUAAAACAAGAAGAGCUGCUUGUUUCUCUUUCUUUCACACGACUGAAAGCUUUAGCCACGUUUUCAUGAACAAGCUAUGGCGUCUGCCAGAGGUCUGCUGCAUGAGGAGAACUUUCACUGUUCCAUCUGUUUAAGUGUCUUCACCAAACCUGUGUCACUUCCCUGUGGUCACAACUACUGCCUCGACUGUAUCACAGCCUACUGGGACACUAAGACUGACUUCCAAUGUCCACUGUGUAAAGAGACGUUUUACAACAGACCAGCGCUUCGGGUGAACAUCGUCAUUGCUGAGAUAGUUGAAAAGUUAAGGAAUCCAGCUAAAGAAAACCCAUGUAGUACAUCGGAAGGAGGAGGAAAUGGAAAGGUGCUGUGUAGCAUCUGCACGGGGCAGAGGAGCGAAGCCCUGAAGUCGUGUUUAGUCUGCCUCGAGUCUUACUGUCAAACACAUCUGGAGCGGCAUCUCAAAACUUCAGCGCUGAAGAAACACAAGCUGAUCAGCCCAGUCGAGAACCCAGAGAGCAGGAUAUGCCAAAUGCACGAUGAGCCCUUGGAGCUGUUUUGCACGGUGGAUCAAAUGUUCAUAUGCAACUCCUGCAAAAGCGGCGACCAUAAAAUGCACAAGGUAGUGAGUGUGGAGGAGGAGGCGGGAAUGAGGAAGCUGCAGCUGGGGACAGAGAGGGAAGCCGCAGAUCAGAUGAUCCUGGAGCGCCAGCAGAGAAUUCACCAGAUUCAGAACUCGGUGGAGGCCAGCAGGACAAAUGCAGCGCAGGCGCUACGAUACAGCAUGCGGGUGAUGACCGCUGUGGUGGACUACGUCAAGAAAUGCCAAGCGGAGCUGGGCGAGGUGAUAGCGUCCAAGCAGAAAAAAAACGAGCGAGUGGCAGAAGGCUUCAUCGAGAAACUGGAGGAGGAAGUCAAGCAAUUACAAGAGAAAAGCUCGCAGCUCAGUCAGGUCUCGCUCACCGGCGACCCCUUCGCAUUCCUAGAGAGCUUUCUGUCUCUUAACAUCACGGUGCCCCAGGUCAACAACUGGUCCGCUGUGACCUUUGAGAGUGACCCGUUUACAGUUCAGGAAGCCCUGGCCCAGCUGCAGACAACGGUCACAGAGGAAAUAAGCGCGCUGUGUGAUCCAGACUUGAAAGAAAAGCAGAGGUAUGCUGUAGAUGUGACUUUAGACCCAGAUACUGCAAACCCGUCCCUGAUCGUUUCUGAGGACAGGAAGGAGGUCUCACAAGGAGACAAAAGGAGGUCUCUGCCUCCGAGGCCAGAAAGGUUCGAUCAAGUCCUGAAUGUUCUGGCAAAGGAAGGUUUCUCCAAAGGGAAGUUCUACUAUGAGGUCCAGGUUAAGGACAAAACGCAGUGGGAUUUAGGCGUUGCCAACCAGUCCAUCAGCAGGAAGGGGGACAUACGUCUGAGCCCCAAGACUGGAUACUGGACUAUCUGGCUGAGGAAGGGGCAUGAGUUCACAGCCAACGCAAUCCCUGCCAUCGUCCUUCAAGUGAAGGAGGCGCCUCAAAAGGUCGGAGUGUUCGUCGAUUACGACGGGGGAGAAGUUUCCUUCUACGACGCGGACACCAGGGGCAAGAUCUACAGCUACACCGGCUGUAAAUUUACAGAAGAGAUCUUCCCGUUCUUCAGCCCCUGCAGCAACGACGGCGGCAGGAAUGCGGCGCCCCUCGUCAUCACGCCUGUCAAAUCCACCAGCUGAGUUUUUAUUCCUGUUUCUGUUUGUUUCCUUCCAGCACGAAUGCGGAAGCCCGGCAACACAGUAGAUGAGCCAACGCUCACCUCAUCAGAUAAUAAUUACCUCAGUUAUUAUGAUUUUUAUAUAAAGCUAAGGCAACUUUACAAUCUGAAAAUUAGAGUUGAUGGACUCUUUUCCAUUGUCAACUUUACCACAUAAAUCUGCCUGAUUAAUAUUUACCUGCACUGUUCAGACGACCUGUUGUGACAUAUAUGCAAGGGGCUUAAGGUCAUUGUUCCUCACACUAAUUACAACUAGUCACUGACAAAGGUUAAUAUGUUUUUCUGUUUUUCUUCACACUUGCUUCGCUCCUCAGAAGGUCUCAGAAUGAUAUGUUGAGGUGUAAAUAUAGUGGCUGGGGCACGUUUGAAGUGUGCUCCAGCUUAUUCCUGUCAUGGAAACAGGCUCAUUAUAGCGACAGCCCGACGCUGUGUUCAACAAAGAGAGUUUUACCAGCCCACGGUUUUAAAAGUGAAAGCGUGCAGUGUGAACGGCGCUGCUGCCAGAGCCAUACAGGUAAUCAGGUGCCGCUUUGUCGUAUGUGACUCGUAUCGAUGCGGUCGGUGAGUCACGGCGUGCCUCUUCAGCAGCUUUUUAACUUGUUCUGUUGACUUCAUCCACUUUACGCAGCGGGUCCUAAGGCAGCCGCUCUGCAUAGCACUGGUGAGCAUCGUGAACAAUGAAACAUUUACAUGGACUCUGCAUUAUACUCCAGAUAGGUUAUUAUUAUGAAGACAAAGCUUCAUUAAAAUGCACAUCAUGCCUGCAAAAAUACUUUGCAGUAUUUCAACACUGGUAGUGUAGACUAGAAACAGGCUCAUCUACAGUACAGCUUCUUCAUCUCUAACAGGGGGACUGCCUAAAACCUUGUGACAGAUACUGGCGGUGCUGAGAGCAUCACCUGCCAUAUGAUGUAGCAUCAUCAGUCACGUUUUUCCCCAUUCCCCCGGUCAUCACUGUGUUAUUUAUAAUGCCUUAUCGAGGACAUAAAUAAAUGAUACGGCUUAAUCUCCCAACAUCUAGGUGGACUGAUUCUCGUUCACGGUGAUUUAAGACUUGGGUUCCCUCCUGACAUUUCCUCUUCACAGUACACUGUCUUGGGUAAUUGCACUGCCUUGAUUAUAUACUUGAUAUUAUGCGAAUGAUACAAGUAAAUCACAAAGACGACACAGUUUCUGCUUCUAAUAAAGUAAAUGAAUGAAUAAACCUAAUGAGAUAACUCGAUCCAGUGCAGCACCUUAACGAGUCUGGAGCCACGUGACUGUUGAGCCUGUUGUUCUGAAAUGCAGGAUCCGAAUGAUGCUGGAGACAGCCUUGACUCGGAGUCAGACCCUCUAAGCCACUCGGCCCACACCUCCAGCUGUUGCAGGCCGCUGUCAUUUAGCUUCAGUCCUUCAGAGAGUGACUUCAAGUUAGACAAUGCACACAGGGAAACACUAAUCAUCUGUAAUCAUUGAUCUGCCAUUAGCGGGUCAUGCUCAUUAGCCUCUGCAGAAUUCUCUGGCUACUGGAUUAUUAUUAGCUUUCCAGUACGCAGACAAACUGUACUGUUGAACAACAGGAGGUAAAUGUGGCAGUCACAGGCUCAAACAUGACGCUAAAGCUAAUUACACAAAUAGAAAGAGUUCAGGUAAGAUUUGGUUUAAACGUGGUGAUGCUGCAUUAGUAGACUGAUAACUGUCAGAAGGAUACUUGUGUGUUAUUGUGCUUAUACUGUACCAGCAUCUGCAAGACAGAGACAGAGCUUUCAAAACUGGAUUUUAGUAUUCAAUAAAAAAAAAUUUAAAAAACACA